UUGAUAUCGGAAAAAUCUCAUUUUGGGAAAUUGGCAUUUUGCAGCCUGACGCUGUUUACUGGUGUUGGGUCUUACAAUGCCCCGUCACUCUCAAAAAGUGGAGCUUCGCCUCUUUAUAGAAGCGUUAACGGAUGCCUCUUUCUGACUUGAAUUAAAAGCCCUCCUAGUCAGUUCACUAAAAUAAUUGUUACUUAUCUUGUGAUACUGUAAUUCAAACCAAGUAUAAUUCAGCUUGGUACUCUGUGUUGAGGUUGCAUUUUCCGUUUUCCUAACAAGUAUGGUGAUUACCUGGCAAUUUCCAAAUGCACUAAACGCGAAGGGCAACAGUUUGGAAGUGGUUUCCUUAAGUUAUAUUCUCUGCAUUUGUUUUCAACUUACAAGUAGUUCUUGACUUGGGACCAGAAUUCCUGUUGCUAAAACAGGGUCAUGGCUGCUGUGAGUUUUGAAGAAUUUUCAGUGCCUCCUGGCUCAGAGCUGGCAUUGCCCCCUCUUUUUGGUGGAAAUAUCCUAGAAAGUGAGUUAGAGACUGAGGUGGAAUUUGCUGAUGGCGGGAUACCAGAAGAAGAGGAAGAGGAGGAUAUGUUGCGGCAACAGGAGAUGACUCGACGCAAGUGUCAAGUGCUUGCCCAACGUUGCAAGGAGUUAGAACAGGUGAAUGAAAGAAUGUUAAAUCGGCUCCAUCAGGUCCAGAGAAUAACACUGCGUCUCAAACAGGAAAGGAGGUUUCUAAUGAGAGUUUUGGAUUCCUAUGGGGACGAUUACAGACAAAGCCACCUUGAUAUUGUCUUGGAGGAUGAAGGGAUCCAUAGUGCAGAUGUUGCAACUCCUGGCAACGCAGGGAAUGAGCCCUGUGAGAAAGAAGCCCCCAGGUGCCUGUCUGCCCAAGAGCCAGAGAGCCUCUCCCCUAGCGAAGGCCCCGUCAGCAAGAAGCGGCGACGUCAUCUGCGAGAGGAGAAGGAAGGGAGGCUGCGUCGAGCAGCCCCAACAUUGCUGCCCAUGGACGAUUUCCCUGUACAGAUAAAAACUGAAGAGGAUUUCCAGUGUGAACAGGAUGAUGUUCUCAGCUCUGCCUGGCAGCAGUCCAGUCCCCAGGACAAGUUGCUCCAUUACUCAAAGUUUCCUAGCCCUGGUGUCUGUUCUGAUUUUGACUGAGGCUGGCCCCUGUAUACAUAGGCUGGCCAUCAGGGUGCCUUGCAGGCAUCUUUUUUCCUUGAAUACCAACCAGGAUUUAAGGAACAGCAGGACAUCAAUCACAUCUGACUCCUUAACUCUAACCCAGUGAAAGGUGAUCUGAACUGCUGGAGUGGGGGAAAUGGUAGCAGAAGUGAUGAUGGAGUUUAAGCAAGGGACAAAAGCUUGGAGUCAACGUGUAAGAAUAUUCAGUGGAUUAGCUUAGGUCAUUGAACUGAAUCCACAACGGACUUAACUUGUAUCCAUAAACUUUGAAUGGGGAAGCAAGAAUUUAAGCAGAAACUUUCUGCACUUUCAAGAUUGAGGAAGAACUCUUUGGAGAGGUCAGUGUUCAGCAUUCUUACACUUGCCCUUCUGGACUCUGGAUUUGUAAUUCUGGUAGAUGAGGGAAGGGGGGAAAAGUGGUUCUUGUGCAUUCCAAAGUGCACAGAAACAGUCACUGUUUCGUUCUGCAGAGGCACUUUCUGUGGAUGUUGGUUGGAAACCCAUGUGUUGAGGGAAGGCUGAGUUCUUUUAAUCUUCCUUCAAGAUUUUUAACGGUCUCCAUCUAUGGCAUCAUGAGAUCCAACAUGAUUAAAAGGCCAAUUGAAGUCUGUAUUAAAGGAAGUCAUUUUUGUGCUAUUGACCUGUGUAUUUAUGCAAAUUGCUCUAUGUGUCAGUUUAAGAAUUUAGCAUAUCUUUGCCAGUCCAGAAGAGAGCGAGAACUAGCACUCUUUUCCUGUCAUUUCCUCCUCAAGGUAACAUCCAAAAGAUACCAAGACUUUCCCGCUAGCCAUAUGGAUCGGGAAUUCCCCGCUCCCAAUAUACCCUCAAGUUAGGAAUGAUAAUAUUUGAACAAACCACAGCUGCAGUCUGCUUGCAUUUUUGGAUUUUGAAGAGUUACAGAAAUACAACUUAGCAACCUUCAAGCUUAUGGCUUCUACUUUGUGCAAGAUUUGAAUGAUGCAUUAAACCAAUUAAACUUGA